UCAACAGUGAGCCAUAUAGUCGACGAGACAACAAUUUUAGUUCAGUCUCUUUCGAGAAUUCAUCGGACAAUAAAGUGUACUUUUUACGGUUUUGAGCAUUUUGCCACACAAUUACAAACAUACAUACAUAUGUAUACCCUUCUGAUUUACCGAAUUAUGUAUUAAAAGCCACAAUAAACCACUUUCACACUAUAACAAAAUAAACAAAGAGUAAAUGUACGCAUUUAUAAAAAUAAGACUUACAAUAUUUAUAUGAAAGUAUUCAUACGAGUAUAUGUAUGUACAUAUGUAGCAAAUCUACAUAAAAGUCAAGAGUCGCCUUCGACAAGCAUUUUAAUUAAACACAGUGAUACAAAGUGUGUAAUAAACGCAGUUUCGGUCCUAAUUAUUGCCUGAUUCGACGCCAGUGACGACAGCAUAUAGGACAUUUAUAAUUAGGAGCAAGAACUGGUCAAACUUUAGUCAGCAUUUGGUUGCAGAAAGGAAUCGACACUUCGAAGAUAGCGAACAAAAUAGCGCUUGAUCCCAAAGAAAAUCAACGACGAAUAGUACAACGAUUACUUACAAGUGCCACACAUAGCGCGUGAACACAAACGACCACUAGUGGCAGACAACUUAGAGCAUAAAAAACGAGUGCAAUUCUGCCUAUACACAUAAUAACGCCUUAUAUUUUGUUGUAUAUAUUUGCAUCAAUACUUUGCCAUGGAUGUUUGGGGUGUAUUUGUUGGAGACUCGACAAUGUCGUAUGGUGGGUCAGUACGCAACUCAUACUUUCGGGACUAUGAGCAAUUUCCUUAUGGCACUUUAGAACACAACUCCAGUUCUCCUCCCAGAGAUUCAUACACCAAGGUCCAAGAAAAAUGCAGGCAAACACAGUCUUUAAAGGCCCAAAAGAAGGCGUGUCCAUUUUGUAAGGAACAAAAGAAGCGGCCGCUUACCAAUUAUAUGCGUAAACGAGAGUCUCGGAAGCAUCACGAUAGUAUAUGUGAGGAGCAUGAGGAAGAAAACGAAGAAGAGGCGGAAGAGGAGGAGGAAGUGCAGAUGGCGGCAAUGAGGCCGAGAAUUGCAUCAAUGGAACAAUACUCAAACACGCAGCAUUUAAACACCAACAAAUCGGACUUUAAUUCAAAUUGAGUGUGAAUACAGCAAAUUUAUAAAGCGCUAAAGUAGACCUUUUGGCAAAAUGAACUCAUAAAAACAGUUUAGAAUGACAAAAUUUGUACAAUACAUAAAAAAAAUUAUUUACCAUUUGCGAA